CUGCCCCGUCAGCUGUCCGGCCCCCGUUGCCACGCAGACAGAUGUGCAAGAUGGCCCAGCGACUUACAUUUUACAUUUGUUUGAUUGUGUCUCUGCAAACCCUCAAUCUCUUCAUAGUAGUGAUUCGGGCAAAUGAAUCAAAUCAAGAUGUUAAAAUUGAGGUGACGUUUCUGCCAGAAAACUGCAGACAGAAAGCCAAGAGAGGAGACAUGCUGAAUGCUCAUUAUGAUGGAUAUCUAACUAAAGAUGGGUCUCAGUUCUAUUGCAGUCGUUCUACAAACACGGGUCACCCGCACUGGUUUGUGUUAGGCGUUGGAGAGGUUAUUAAGGGCCUCGAUUUAGGGCUGGAUGGCAUGUGUCCCGGGGAGAAGAGAAAAGUUACAGUUCCUCCAUCCCUGGCAUACGGCGAGAAAGGAAAAGGUCCUGUUCCACCAAAUUCAACAGUAAUCUUUGAGGUGGAGCUGUUGUACAUAACUAGAGGACCACGCAGCAUAGAAGCCUUCAAAGAAAUUGACGCUGACAACGACAAGGCCCUGACAAAAGAAGAGAUUAAGGAAUACUUGAAAAUGGAAGCAAAGAAGUUAAAUACACAGAAAGAUGAAUCCUAUUUUGAUGAUGUUGUGGCAGAUGUGUUCCAUAAGAAUGAUCACAAUGCUGAUGGGACCUUAUCACUAAAGGAGUAUGAUGUUUAUGGCCAUGAUGAACUAUAAACACUACUAGAAAGAAAUUUGUAUGCAGCUGUUGCACUGGAUAUUGUCUACAAGACUUCAAAUUGAAGAACUGAUAAAGAAUUUUGCCUUGAUGAGUACCACUACAUUUUGAAUAAGGUUGACUCAAAUAAUAACUGUACUAAUGCAAAAACCUAAUAGGGCAUAAAAAGAUGCUUUUUCAAAAC